AUGCGGGGAGUUCAGAUUUUUUCGGGGACAUCCCAUCCCUUGCUCGCUGAAACCAUCUGCGAACGCCUAGGCACCCAGCCUGCCCGGGCCAACCUUGGGAAAUUCGCCAAUGGCGAAACCAGUGUCAACAUUGGUGUUUCGGUUCGGAACCAAGAUGUCUACAUCGUCCAGAGCGGUAGUGGGAAGAUCAAUGACAGCGUAAUGGAGCUGCUGAUCAUGAUCUCUGCUUGCAAGGGUGGUUCCGCCAAAUCCAUCACAGGUGCUUCCCCGGUCUCCCAGACACGAAUUCCACUCCACAACUCCUUGAUCCCAUUUUGGCUGACCUCAUUCUUCGCCUAUAGCGGUUAUGCCGCAUCUCAAAUGCAGGGCUUCUUUGGCAAGCCCGUAGAUAAUCUCUUCGCCGAGCCCUUCAUUGCGCGAUGGAUCCGCAUGAACGUCCCCGGCUGGAAGGAAGCCGUCGUCGUCAGCAAGAAUGCCGGAGGUACCAAGCGGGUCACUUCAUUGGCGGACACACUCAAACUAAACUUUGGCAUCGUCACCACCGACAGACGGCGUCCGAAGUUGUCCGUGACCAUGACGGAUAGCACCGUCUUUUUUGAUUCUAUUGAGGAGGAGGAGGAAACCCCUGCCCCUAAAGACCAAGACCCGUUCAUGGUGCGUGUUCAGAGCGGAAGCGACGAAGCUUCUGAGUCCGAAAAGUCUCAGAAUGCCGAUGUCGUACUUGACUCGGCGGGUUCUCUCAUCCCCGACUUGUCGGCCGGUGCCCGCCGCCCAUCAGAGCUGGAGGCUGCGCGUGAGUACACUGACGUUCGAGUGCGGGAUGUCAUCACCGGGAGACUCGUGCAGGGACAGCUUGUAGAUGAUGAUUACCCCUCGGCUGAGUCCUCGGCUCCCGUGUCCGGCGAGACCACCCCGGGGCCGAAUCCCAACCAGGAUGGUGGUGAACCCAUCGCUGACCCGAUGGCCGAAUCUCUCAUCUCAACCACAUCCUCUCAGCCAGCCGAUCAUGCCCUCGGUGGCUCCUUUGAUGCCGCCGAAUCCUCGGACGAAGAAGGCAGCGUGGCACGGACUGCCGAGCAGGAGAAGACCAUUACCUUGGUUGGAGAUGUUCGCGACAGAACGGUGUUCAUCGUUGAUGACAUGAUUGACAAGAGCGGAUCCUGGAUUGCUGCCGCUGAGACGGUUGUCAAGAAGGGUGGUGCCAAAAAGGUUUACUGUAUCGCGACUCAUGGCCUUUUCGGAAAUGAGUCUCUCGAACAGCUGGAACAAUGCAAGUCGAUCGAUCACAUUGUUGUGACAAACACGUUCCCGGUCUCCCCUCACAUGCUCAAGAAGUCGAAGAAGUUGAUUGUCAUCGACAUCUCGAGUCUUGUCGCGGAGAGUAUUCGACGUCAUCACUAUGGUGAAAGCGUUUCGGCAUUGUUCCACCUCAAUGAAUAA